UUUCUAAGUUAUAAUAGCGUUAUUACAAAACAAAUAUUUUGAGAUUAUUCAUGACUUUCAUUAAAAUACAAACAAGUACUUUGAAACUCACUUUAUUGAUUUGCUUACGAAGCGAAAGAAAAUCAACAAAAAAAAAGUCUAAAAUUACCCAAGCUUUCUUUGAAUAUUACUUCAUUGGCGAAAACAGUGUGAAAUGGUGAACUCAUUAGGUAAACAGCAGGUAACAGCUAUUAAACGUCGCGAAAUCACACACCCGGUGGAUCCCCAAUCAUUGAAUCUCCACAGAUCUCGAGCCCCAGCCCACUGUGCCACUCUCCCCCACCAAAACUUAAACUGCAACCACACGACUUCUACAACGACGUCGACUACCGUGGCUGCAGACUCCAACGGCUGCUCAUUCGGCUGGAGUCGAGAGUCUUGGCGCUUGGAUCGGAUCGGAUCGAUUCGAAUCGAAUCCGAUUGGAUAGCAUUGGAUCGGAACAAAACGAAGCUGGUGACUUGGUCUUGUGGCUUUUGUAACAAAUUGCUUUUGGCUGGGCCCGUCGACUUCCUCUGCCCCGCUCUGCUCCUUGGUGAUCUUGCCCAGACAUUGUCGUCGCCAUUGUAACUGCUCGUUUUUCAUGUUCUAUUUUUCUGCGGCAAUUGCUGCAAAUAGAUUAGCUCUACAGAUAAUUGCACCGAGAAAAUCCGAUCAGCAACGAAUCGACGGAAUAUCAUAUGGUUGCUUUUGGAAAUCAUCAAAAACUAAUAAAAUGGGAACUAAGCGUUAUAAAAUAGAGGUACUUUCGAUAAUCAGAAAGAUACAAAAAUGCACUUAAGCACCCGUUAUCAAAUCACAAUGUUUAUGUCUCUUAUCAAGAUACAAUUUUGGUUUUUUUUUAAUAUGGUAAUCUUAACAGAUAACUACCUAAGUUAUUAAGGCUUUCAACUUUCUUAUUAUAACAUUUAUAAAUAAGAAAUUAGUUUGAUAAGAGUGGCUUUGCCUUGUAACAAUGUAAAACCUGAGGGUCUUAAACAUUAAAAAAAACUUUUUAGGGAGACAAAGUCAUUAAAGUUAUUUUUCCGAGUGAAAAGCGGCCAGACAAAAGGAGGGGUGAGUCGCAGAUGGGGCAGGCGCUUUUCCGUCGCCAAUCAAGCGAUCGAUCUACUUUAAGGCAGCCAUGGCCACAGUUUAUCGCCGGGCAGCGACUGCAUUUUGUUGACCGAUAAGUCCGAAGGGGGUUAGGCACGGAGAGUGGGCAGUUGGGGCUUAAACUCCGAAGUGAGAGCAGGG